AUGCGUCAAUCGAUGCGAACAGGAGCUGUUGCAGCUCUUGCUGCCUCUACAGCAAAGGCCGCCUCCCUUGCAGAUAUUUGUACUGUCGCAAACGUUCAAGCUGCUUUACCAGCAAACGGAACCUUGAACGGCAUCAACCCAAUCUCAUCUUCCGUUACUGCCAACCCUGUUUACAACGCCACAGUCAGCUCGGUAGCUUACGACUACUGCAACGUUACUGUUACUUAUGCCCACCCGGGUAAAGAUCAAGUUGUCGUUUGGUACAAUUUCCCAAGCCCCGAUGUUUACAAGAGCCGUUUCUAUGUUGGCGGAGGAGGUGGAUACGCUCUCGGCUCCGAUCCAACCGCAGGUUUACCAUAUGGUGCCGUCGGGGGUGUCUCAGAUGCCGGCUACGAUGCUAUUGGUGGUACCACUGUUGAUGAGGUUGUCUUGACUGGAAAUGGAUCUGUCAACUGGGAUAGCAUCUACAUGUUCGGAUAUCAGGCACUUGGUGAGAUGACCCAGCUUGGAAAGGCUAUUACACCAUUGUUCUAUGGAAGCAACUCGAGCGCAAAGCUCUAUACCUACUACGAGGGAUGUUCUGAUGGCGGGCGUGAGGGUAUGUCCCAAAUCCAACGUUAUGGUUCCGAGUACGAUGGUGUCAUCACUGGUGCCCCAGCUUUCCGUUAUGGACAACAACAAGUUAACCACUUAUUCUCCAACGUUGCCGAGGUCAUGAUGAACUACUUCCCACCUACUUGUGAGAUGGACAAGAUCGUCAAUAUGACAAUCGAGGCUUGCGAUCCUCUCGAUGGACGUACCGACGGCGUCGUAUCCCGAACUGAUCUCUGCAAGCUCAACUUCAACCUUAAUAGCACUAUCGGUGCCCCUUAUUAUUGCGAGGCUUCAACUAGUAGCUCCCUUGGAUUUGCUUUCGGUCAAAAGGUAAAGAGACAAAUGGGUCAAGCCACCGCUUCUACACCUGCUCAAAACGGAACUGUCUCUGCUGAAGGCGCUGCUCUCGCUGCUCAACUCUACGAUGGUAUGUUCAAUUCAAAUGGUCAGCGUGUCUACCUCCCAUGGCAACCAGCUUGUGCAUUCCAAGAUGCCACUAGCUCCUACGACAACACUACCGGCACAUGGGGUGUUGAUAUUGCUUCCACCGGAGGUGAAUUCGUUACCAAAUUCAUUCAAAGGGUUGACCUCGACAACCUUGCUUCGCUCGAAGGCGUCACUAUGGACACUCUCCAAGAAUGGAUGACCGAGGCCAUGGUCAUGUACAUGGAUAGUUUACAAACCACUCUACCUGACCUUACCGAGUUCCAAGAAUCUGGAGGAAAGCUCAUUCAUUACCAUGGAGAAUCUGACGACAGUAUCCCAACCGGUUCUUCCGUCCACUACUAUGAAUCCGUCCGCUCCAUCAUGUACCCAAAACAAGAUUUCAAUGCCAGCAUCACCUCCCUCAAGGAAUGGUACAAGCUUUUCCUUAUCCCAGGAGCCGCCCAUUGCAGCACCAACACUCUUCAACCAGGCCCUUACCCAGCCGACAACAUGGCUACCAUGAUCGACUGGAUUGAGAACGGUAUUGAGCCAGAGAGACUUAACGCUACUGUUGGCAGCGGUACUUUUGAGGGAGAGGUUCAAAAGCUUUGCGCCUAUCCAUUAAGACCUAUCUGGGAUGCCGAGGGAACCUUAUCUUGCGAGUAUGACCAAGCUUCCAUUGACAGCUGGACUUACACUUUCGACGCAUUCAAGAUGCCGGUCUACUAG